AUGGGUACCGCCGGUUCCUCGGCGCUAGCCCGCCUCGGCCUUGCGGCGCAGCCUCGACCUUGGCUCAGCGUUGCUGCCCUAGGUCUGGCCACGAUGGUGGCCUUGGGGGCUGUCGCCUGGCGUCGAGUGCGGCCCAGGAAGCGCCGGCCGCUGCAGCAGGUGGGCACCGUGGCGCAGCUGUGGAUCUACCCGAUCAAGUCCUGCAAAGGGAUGUCGGUGAGCGACGCGGAAUGCACAGCCAUGGGGCUUCGAUGCGGUCACCUGCGGGACAGGUUUUGGCUUGUGAUCAAUGAAGAUGGGAACAUGGUUACUGCUCGACAGGAACCUCGCUUGGUCCUGAUUUCCCUGACCUGUGACAGUGAGACUCUGACUCUGAGUGCAGCCUGCAUGAAGGAUCUACUGCUGCCCAUCAAAAUACCCACCACAAAUGCUGUGCGCAAGUGCAGAGUGCAUGGCCUGGAGAUCCAGGGUAGGGACUGUGGGGAUGCCGCAGCUCAAUGGAUAACCAGCUUCCUGAAGACACAGUCCUACCGCCUGGUGCACUUCGAGCCCCGCAUGCAACCAAGAAAUUCUCACCAAAUCGAGGACCCAUUCCGACCCACAGACCAGGUUGCCUACUCAGAUGCCAGCCCUUUCUUGGUCCUCUCUGAGGCAUCCCUGGAGGAUCUCAACUCCAGGCUGGAGAAGAAAGUUAAAGCAUCUAACUUCAGGCCCAAUAUUGUAAUUUCAGGAUGUGGUGUUUAUGCAGAAGAUUCUUGGAAUGAACUUCUUAUUGGGGAUGUGGAACUGAAAAGGGUGAUGGCUUGUUCCAGGUGCAUGCUAACCACAGUGGACCCGGACACUGGCAUCAUGAGCAGGAAGGAGCCGCUGGAAACGCUCAAGAGUUACCGCCAGUGUGACCCUUCGGAACAGAAGCUGUAUGGAAAAUCACCCCUCUUUGGACAGUAUUUUGCUCUGGACAAUCCAGGGACAGUCAAAGUGGGAGAUCCUGUGUACCUGCUGGGAGAGUAA